CGCAUCAGUAACCAAAAUUCUCGAAGCGUGCCACUCAUGCGUAUCUUGUGAAGUACCAAUCAACAUGGGAGUCACGCCAGGGCAUUUAUCUUCAUGGCUGAGUCAAUUUGCGAUAUCUGGGUUUCCAGUUGCACCUUCAAUUAUCGAUGCUUUAAGGUUACAGUGAACCAUCAGAGUGCUGGCUCAGGGGCAAAACCAACGUCAUGGCUCAACUCCUUCGCCCGGCAGAAGUUCUCGACCAGCCCAAGCAAAUUCCACCUGUUCAUCCCAUUCGUUGCCUCAAGUUACGAUCUUCCACUGGCACAUUGGCACGAGCGGCUGAAAGCGUGUUUCAUCGCUUCCGAAGCCAUCUGAGCAAACGAAACAAACGAGGGACCAAUCAGAUCCUAGAACAGGAUAAUUGGCAAUCCCACGAAUAUGUGUCUCAGUUUCACGAUUAUCGGAGAAAGCAAGUGUGGCAGUAUUGGCAAAUGCCAUCUGAUCUCAUAUAGCUUGUGAUGUUUGCCCCUAACUGUGUUCUCUUCUCCUGCCCUCUCUCUUUUUGAAGUUCUUGCUAUCAAGUCCAAUUUUCCCAUACAUUCCUUUCUGGGACUUCGUCCACAUACUUUCCCUUCUUUUAGCACAGCAUUUUGAUCAUUGCGCAUCUCAAUCCUUCGUUUAAGAAAUAAGCAUUUCGUUUGAGGCAUUUAUUCCCGUCUCUCACCACCUCAAAUAUCAUUUUAGCCUCUUACAGGAUCUCAUCUUAUAUCCAUUACCAACUCUUCCCCGCCUUUUAUCAACAACCGUCAAAGUUGAGGCUGUAUUGUCCGAACGUGGACGUGGCGUCGAUAGACCUGCGCUAGUCCAGAUAGGACUUCCAAACCACACUUACUCUUCAAUACCAAAGGCAGGGCCUUUUUACACUCGGUAUCACCGCUAAACUACAUCUUCGACAUUCUUUCAUAUCAUAAGGACGAUCAUUAUCAAAAGUGCUGCGUCUCUGCUUUGACACUUUUUCUCAGCAACCACGAGUCAAAUUACGCGAACCAGCCUGUCUAUUCAAAAUGUGGACAUCAUUACCAUCGGCAUUAUUGGCACUCAUCCUCAUUUCUGACUCAGCAUCAGCUCGGCGACAGAGACGAUCAUCGGCAGCACUGCAGGGAAGAGAUGCUGCGAUUCCUCCUGUCAUAGUCUACUCGACAUAUACCGUAUUUCUAGUACCUGUCUCUCCAACGCCGGCCGUAAUUCUCACUACCUUCACAGCAAUCCCACUUCCCGCUUCGGCGACACCAGCUGUCGUUCUCACCACAUUCACAGCAAUCCCAUUACCUGUUUCGGCAACCCCUGCUGUGUUUUCCGAAACCUUCACUCCAGUGCCUAUGCUGGCUGAAGAGACACCUGCUUCUGUCUCUAUCACUUUCACUGCGAUACCAAUGCCCACAGAGGCAGCACCUGCCAUUAUAUCAAGUUCAUUCUCUCUUGAUCCUUUGCCAUCUGGCAUACAGACGCCUUCGGGUAGUUCGUUUCCAAGCUUUCCAACAGGCACGGGCAUUCCAGCAGGUAUUUUCUACACUGGAUAUGGGAGCGGAACAGGGACUGGUACUGGAUCGAGUUUUCCCCAACCAACCGGCUUCGUAGGGAACAAUGGCACUUCCAAUGGCACUUCCAAUGGCACUUCCAAUGGCACCGACCAGCAGCCUAUCGCAUCUCCCUUGAUUAGUUCAACGUCAACUAGCAUUCCUUUCUUCACUCUCAACGAUCCGGAAUCUACUCCUGCACCUAACCUAUCCUCAGUCAACCAAAUCCUCCCUGCGAUUACAUUUGUUACCUUCCCAGCGACACCAGCUGCGGAAUUGAGCCCUUUUCCCUCUUCAAGCAUUCAGCUCGUUCCUGCGAGUACUUUUGUUACCUUCUCAGCAACACCAGCUGCAGAACUAAGCUCCAUUCUGUCUUCAGCCAAUCAGCCCACCCCUGCGAGUACAUUUGUCACUUUUGCUGCUACACCGGCAGCGGAGUACAGCAAACUCCUCUCAUCGAGUCUUUCGUCUCAAGCACCAUCACCGUCGCCAACUUCACUGUCCGCCUCUUCAACAAAUAACACCAUCCCCUUCCUCCGUGGUGUAAACCUAGGAGGAUGGCUGGUCCUCGAAAAAUGGAUGAACCCAGAUACCUUCACUGGUAAAUUCUCAUCCGCCAUAGACCAGUACACAUUCGACUCGAUCUCUGGCUCCGCUUCAGCACUCAAAACUCACUGGUCCACUUUCUUCACUGAGUCAGAUAUUCAAGCUCUUGCAGCAACUGGUCUGAAUGCACUUCGUAUCCCAAUUGGCUUCUGGGCUUACGAUAAUGAUGAUACGCCUUAUCAUAAGGGUGCAGAUGCUUAUCUGGAAAAGGCGAUUGAAUGGGCUAGGGACGCUGGGAUGUAUGUUUGGGUUGAUUUACAUGGCAGUCCAGGAAGUCAAAAUGGCUUCGACAACAGUGGUCAAGCUGGCCCAGUCAACUGGCAACAACCCUCCAACCUCGCCCGCUCCAUCUCCGUCCUUAAAGCCAUGGCCGCCAAAUACGGCCAAGCCAUAUACGCCUCCGUGGUCGUCGGCAUCGAGCUCGUCAACGAGCCCAUCUCCUGGGGCAACAACAAAUUCAGCGUGACUCAAUCAUGGGCAGAAGACGGCUACGCGGCAGUCAAAUCUCAAGUCGAGAACGAAAACCUCGUCAUCGUCAUGCACGAUGCGUUUGAAGGACCUGGCGCUUGGACGGAUGUUGCUCAAAAGUUGAAUGGUGAUGGUUUGAAGACGUUUGUUGUUGAUACGCAUCUUUACCAACUUUUCACGGACGCGGAUAAUACUCUUACUCAAGAGGAGCAUAUCGUCGCUGCAUGUGGAUGGACUCAAAACCUCGCUGCUGCAAACGCAGUCAUGCCUACGUAUGUAGGCGAAUGGUCAGCAGCAACGAAUAUCUGCGUCAAUCCCGAUGGAUCAACCACUGCUGGUACUUCGUGCUCAGUUGAUGGCUGUCAAUGCCAAUCUGCACCAAUGGAGGACUGGAAUGAGGGGAUGGUGGAAACAGUGAGGAGAUAUGUGGAGGCGCAAUUGGAUGUUUUUGAAAGUAGUUCUAGCGGGUACUUUUUAUGGAGUGCGAAGGGUCCUGGGGGGUGGGGAUUCUUGAAUGGGAUUGAGAGGGGAGUGAUUCGAAUCCGGUUACGGACAGGAAGUAUCCUGCGCAGUGUGGUGGAAACAAGAGGAGAGGUGCGAGAAGUGUGUUGGAAAGACGUGCAGGCACUGCCUGGUAGGAUUUCGAUGAUGACCACUACCAAGUGGUCUUCUCCGUGCAUUGGACUUCUUGGCCUGGAAUUGGGGACGCGGUUACAGGAUAGCCAUUUCAAACACCAUUAUAUUCUGUAUAUAUUUAUAUCUUCACUUCUGCACAUCCUAGAAUUUGGAUGUUUUCCUUCCCUCCAGCAUUGCUCACAUUCAUGUCUCAUCUUUGCAACGAAUACUGACCUCGUCAUAAACAAUCUAUUACAAAAGACAAACGAGCAAUGCGAGUACACCUGUUCCCCAAAGCUAUAAAAUUCUGCACUCCAAAAUCC